AUGGCGCCUCGCACGUCGAGAUCUUCGCCACUUGUGGCAACAAUAAAGGCAAAGUCAAAAUCUCCCUCACCGCUGGAGACUGCGGAGUCGAAGUCGAGUUCUCUUUCUCCCAAAAGCGCAAAGUCGAAACCAGAACCAGCACCCCCUUCAAUCACAGCCAUCUUCAAUGUCUCCAAGAGAAAAGCAGAGGACAAGCCUCAUGGAAUGGGCCUUGACCUCGGCCUUGCAGAGCCGGCAGCCAAGCGCACAAAGACCAAAUCAACAAAGUCAGACAGUCAGCCUGCUCUGUUUAUCCCACCUAUUCUGCCAGAAUUGCCUCUCUUGGAGAUCAAAGUUGUGCCUAUCCCAGAGCCAGUCGUGGUGAAGCAUGGAGCCAAGGUCAAGCAACAUCCUUACAAGCUGACUUACGGCGCCUCACCAUUUCCAGACCACCUUGAGCCAUCGCCCAAAGCCUGCGAGGAGGUAUACCACAUUCUUUCUGGGUCUCAUGGCCACUCUAGACACCCAUCAGAGAUGCCUCUUCCUUCUCUGGAAGUUGCUGGUUGUGGUGAAGUUCCCUCGCUACUGGACGCCCUGAUGAGAACCAUCCUUAGCGGCAACACCAGCAUGGAGAAUGCGAACAAGAAGUUGAUUGGCUUGAGAGAUGCAUUUGGCCUAUGCCAACGUGGUGCUGGCGCAGGAAGCAUCGACUGGGACAGGGUCUACCGGGCCGAGAGAUCACUCGUGGUUGAGGCCACUAAGCGAGGUGGUAGCCAAGAGAAGAAGACCGAUGAGAUUCAGCGAACCAUGAGCAUGAUCUACGAGAAUAACUGCAUUCGAUACAGCGCUCUCCUGAGACAAAAGGAGACUGGAGAGCCAUGUACCUUUCGUGGAUUGAAGCCGGAGUCAUCCGAAGAAAUCGACGCAGAGAUUAUGAAGUUCGAGAAGGAACCUCUCACCAUGCAUUACGUAUUCCAGAUGACUGAUGAAGAUGCCAUGGAGGAGCUCAUUCAAUAUUACGGAGUUGGUGUCAAGACUGCUUCUUGCGUCAUGCUGUUCUGCUUGCAACGUAACAGCUUUGCAGUGGACACUCAUGUCCAUCGAUUCUGCAGAUGGCUUGGAUGGGUUCCAUUCCGUGUUACCAUGAAGAACAAGGAGCCUCGCAAAGUCUCCGAAAACGAGACAUUCAGCCAUUGUGAUGUUCGCGUACCAAACCACCUCAAGUACGGUCUCCACCAACUCUUCAUCAAACACGGCCAAGACUGCUACCGCUGCGUGGGUGGAAACAUGCCUGGAACACCAAAGUGGGAUGAAUGUGUUUGCCCUCUGGAACAUCUCCUCACCCGACAUGAGAAGCUUCCCGGAUUUUUGAAGCCUAGGAAGCAGUCCAAUAGAUUGGCGGAAGUUGAGGAGGAGGGCGUUGAGGAGGAGAUGAUCGAGGCAGAGGUUGUGGAGCCAAAAUCGGGUCGGGCUAAGGCAGCCAAGCCAAAGAUGGCCAAAUCUCAGGUUCUCAAGGCUAAAGAUGGCGAACAGAGUGUUGGUGAGAGUGCCAAGGUCAAGGUUGAGAGCGACGAAAAGCUGGCUGCUGCGACUGAUGUCAAAGUCGUCACAGCCAAGGGCCCUGCUAAGAGAAAGCCGGCUGCAAGUCGAAAGCCAGCCGCGAAGGCUGCGAAAGUCACCAUCUCUGCGAAGAGAAAGCCGGCUGCGAGAGGUGCCAAUGCUAAGAAGGCUGUGGUCCAGAGUCCAGAGCCAGAGAAGGACGAUGAAAGCGAUUCGGAGUUGACGGAUUUGGAGAUGACUGAUGAGGGUGAGGGAUCUGAAUAUGACGACGGUACUGGGAUUUGA